CCCCCUCCCUCCUCCCCUCCGGUCCUGUCUCCAGCGGGAGCGCGAGACGCUGGUCAGGCUCCGCGGCGCAGCUCAAAAAUGAAUAAUCGCCCCCGAUUGACUUAAAUUCCACCGAAGCCGGCGCCGCGGCCGCCCGCCGCUCGGGAUCUGCUUGCUGUGUUUUUGCUUUCUCCAUUCUUCCUUAAAAAAAAAAAAAAAAAUAGCAAAACAAAACCAGCCAGCCAACCAAGAAUCCGGUUUGUUGAUCGCCUAUAUUUUUCCCCCCACCGUUUGCGGGAUUUGCAAACCGAAUUACAUGCAUGUCCAGUGGGGGUAGGUUUAAUUUUGACGAUGGAGGGUCCUACUGUGGAGGCUGGGAGGACGGCAAGGCGCACGGCCAUGGCGUCUGCACCGGCCCCAAGGGCCAGGGCGAAUACACCGGCUCGUGGAGCCACGGCUUCGAGGUGCUGGGCGUCUACACCUGGCCCAGCGGCAACACGUACCAGGGUACUUGGGCGCAGGGCAAGCGCCACGGCAUCGGCCUGGAGAGCAAGGGGAAGUGGGUGUACAAGGGCGAGUGGACGCACGGAUUUAAGGGGCGCUACGGGGUGCGGGAGUGCACGGGCAACGGGGCCAAGUACGAAGGGACCUGGAGCAACGGGCUGCAGGACGGCUACGGCACCGAGACCUACUCAGAUGGAGGGACCUACCAGGGCCAGUGGGUCGGGGGCAUGCGCCAAGGCUAUGGCGUGCGGCAGAGUGUCCCCUACGGCAUGGCGGCGGUCAUCCGCUCGCCCCUGAGGACCCUCGUGGCCCACAGCGACUCCGAGCUCCUCAAGAACAAGAAGAAGGGGCUGUUCCGGCGCUCGCUGCUGAGCGGGCUGAAGCUGCGCAAGUCCGAGUCCAAGAGCAGCCUGGCCAGCCAGCGCAGCAAGCAGAGCUCCUUCCGCAGCGAGGCCGGCAUGAGCACCGUCAGCUCCACGGCCAGUGACAUCCACUCCACCAUCAGCCUGGGCGAGGGCGAGGCCGAGCUGUCGGUCAUCGAGGACGACAUCGACGCCACCACCACUGAGACCUACGUGGGCGAGUGGAAGAAUGACAAGCGGGCAGGCUUCGGCGUGAGCCAGCGCUCCGACGGGCUCAAGUACGAGGGCGAGUGGGCCAGCAACCGGCGGCACGGCUACGGCUGCAUGACCUUCCCCGACGGCACCAAAGAGGAGGGCAAGUACAAGCAGAACAUCCUCGUGAGCGGCAAGCGCAAGAACCUCAUCCCGCUGCGUGCCAGCAAGAUCCGGGAGAAGGUGGACCGGGCUGUGGAAGCCGCUGAGCGGGCUGCCACCAUUGCCAAGCAGAAGGCGGAGAUUGCAGCCUCCAGGACCUCCCACUCCCGGGCCAAGGCCGAGGCAGCCCUCACUGCGGCUCAGAAGGCCCAGGAGGAAGCACGGAUCGCCAGGAUCACUGCCAAAGAGUUCUCACCUUCCUUCCAGCACAGGGAAAACGGGCUCGAGUACCAGCGGCCGAAGCGGCAGGCUUCCAGCGACGACAUCGAGGUGAUCUCCAUGGGGACGCCCCUGCAGCAGGAGAGCCCGGAGCUGUACCGCAAGGGCACCACCCCCUCGGACCUGACCCCCGAUGACAGCCCCCUGCAGAGCUUCCCUGCGCCCCUCGGCCGCCACAGCUGGGGCGAGGAGAAGGCCGGGGCCUCCCGGGGCGUCCGCAGCGGAACCCUCCGCAGUGGCCAGCCCGCGGAGGACUUCCGCUCCCGGGGCUCGGGCCACAAGCAGCCCGGGAACCCCAAGCCCCGGGAGCGGCGGACGGAGUCGCCCCCUGCCUUCUGGACUUCCCACCCUCGGGCCAGCAACCCCAGCUCAGGGGGCGCCAAGCUGCUGGAGCUGGACGAGGAGAAGCUGAGCAACUAUGAGAUGGAAAUGAAGCCCCUGCUGCGGGUGGACUCCCACGGGCAGGAGGCCUACCCCCAGAAGAGACGCUACAGUAGGGGGGCCGCCUGCCGGGGCCUGGGCGAGGACCGGGGCUUUGGGGCGCAGAGACUGAGAUCCAAGUCCCAGAACAAGGAGAACGUGCGGCCGGCGGCGAGCGCGGAGCCCGCGGUGCAGAGACUGGAGAGCCUGCGGCUGGGCGACAGAGCCGAGCCCCGGCUGCUGCGCUGGGACCUGACCUUCUCCCCGCCCCAGAAGUCCGCGCCCGUGGCCCGGGAGUCCGACGAGGAGAACGGGGACGAGCUCAAGUCCAGCGCGGGCUCAGCUCCCAUCCUGGUAGCCAUGGUGAUCUUGCUAAACAUCGGAGUCGCCAUUUUGUUUAUUAACUUUUUCAUCUGAUGAAAUUGUCACAUUAGCAAAAAUACCAGUUGGUGUACAAAAGGGGGACGUUAAAAGCAAAACAACAAAAAGGAAAGGAUCAUAACUCGGACAGCCCACAGCUACUUCCGAGUUCCUUCACAGAACCACACGAUUGGGUAUUACUCACAGUUUGCCUUUUUCCUGGGUAAUGUUUUGGAUUUUAGCCAGAAUUCUUUGCUUGUGUAACACUACGCUGUGUGGCAUGGCAGGAGGCCAGCACGCCGAUCCUCCAGCUUGAAGUGGAAAGAAAGGGAUCCCAGCAGAUCAG